UCCCUGAGACUCCGAGAGGGGUUCAUACCUGCUGCAAAUUAGCUUCAACACCGCGCAAGCACACGCCCAAAGAUCAUCAGGUAAGCAUGGCUGAGGAGAAGCAGCACCACCACCUGUUCCACCACAAGAAGGACGGGGAGGAGGAGAGCUCCGGCGUGGUGGACUACGACAAGGAGCAGAAGCACCACAAGCACAUGGAGCAGCUCGGCGCCCUCGGCGCCGUCGCCGCCGGCGCCUAUGCCCUCCACGAGAAGCACCAGGCGAAGAAGGACCCGGAGAACGCGCACGCGCACAAGGUGAAGGAGGAGGUGGCGGCGGUGGCCGCCCUGGGCGCCGCCGGCUUCGCCUUCCACGAGAAGCACGAGAAGAAGGACGCCAAGAAGCACGCCGCCGACCAGUACUGAUCGAUCGAUUUUAUGCUUAAUUAAUAAUUAAUCCAUUACUUCUCCGAUAAUUUGCUCUCUCGAUCGAUCGAU